AUGGGGGUGGACAGCAACAGCUCCUCUGGGAGCUUCAUUCUGAUGGGUUUAUCUGAGCAUCCCCAGCUGGAGAGGGUCUUUUCUGUAGCCAUAUUCUUCUCCUACUUGUUGACCCUGGUUGGGAAUUCAACCAUCAUCCUGCUUUCCCGUCUUGACGCCCGGCUCCACACACCCAUGUACUUCUUCCUCAGCAACCUCUCUUCCCUGGACCUGGCCUUUACAACCAGUUCAGUCCCCCAAAUGCUGAAAAAUCUAUGGGGGCCAGACAAGACCAUCAGCUAUGGUGGAUGUGUAACUCAGCUCUAUGUUUUCCUUUGGCUGGGGGCCACAGAGGGCAUAUUGCUCGUCAUGAUGGCAUUUGACCGAUAUGUAGCAGUUUGCCGGCCCCUGCACUACAUGACUGUUAUGAAUCCACGGCUCUGCUGGCUGCUGGCUGCUAUCUGCUGGCUGUGUGGCUUAGGCAACUCAGUAAUUCAGUCAACUUUCACUCUGCAGCUCCCAUUUUGUGGACACCAGAAGAUAGACCACUUCCUGUGUGAGGUGCCCGCCAUGAUUAAAUUGGCCUGUGGAGACACGAGUCUCAAUGAGGCUGUGCUCAAUGGUGUCUGUACUUUCUUCACUGUUGUCCCACUGAGCGUCAUCCUGACCUCCUACUGCUUCAUUGCUCAGGCAGUGAUGAAGAUCCGCUCUGUGGAGGGACGACGGAAGGCCUUCAAUACUUGCCUCUCCCAUUUGGUAGUGGUUUUCGUCUUCUAUGACUCAGCUAUCUAUGGGUAUCUGCUUCCACCUAAGAGCAGUAAUCAGGAUCAAGGGAAAUUCAUUUCUCUCUUCUACUGUGUGGUUGCACCCAUGUUGAAUCCCCUCAUCUAUACUCUGAGGAACAAAGAAGUGAAGGGGGCACUGGGAAGGUUGCUGAGGAAAGGAAGAGAAGCCAGAUGA